AUGGAGUACAUGUGGCAAAUUGAGCCUGAUUGGGUAACCAACUACAUGGUCGACAAGCGGAGCGGACUACUGGCGAUGCAACGUAUGUGCGAACGUCUCGCUACCCGCCAUGGAUUUACAUCUCAGAAGCCCCAAACGGCAAAGGAGAGCACGGAAGACCUCAAGCAAACUCGCGCUAGGCUUACUAUCAACUUCUGGAGAGACUUUGCUGCAUAUCAGCCGUCCGAAAUUCUCAACGUUGAUGAAACCGCCAUCAGCUAUGAUAUGCCCCCCCCCCACCCCGCGCGAAUUUGGGCAGGGCGUGGACGAAGGGAUGCUGCGCGGCUGGUCAACACGUCGAAGCAUGCGGGACGGAUGACGGCAGUGCUAACAAUUCGUGCAGACGGUAAUUGUUAA